AUGGCUGCGGGACGUUUACAACGAUGGGCGCUUUUCCUCAGUGGAUUUAAUUACCAUUUCCAAUAUAUUAAAGGCUCUGAAAAUGGAGGAGCCGACGGUCUCUCUAGAUUUCCGAUUGAAUCGAAGGAAAAGGGUGAAACAUUGGUUGAUUAUUUUCAUUUUUUAUUAGAAGAUAAAAUUCCGAUAAGCGCCAAAGAAAUAAGUAAUGACACAAGAAUUGACAAUGUUUUGAACAAGGUUUACCUAUUCGUUAAAGAGGGUUGGCCUGAUAAUACUUCGGAAGAGUUGUUACCUUAUAAACGGAGAAAGUUAGAACUUGGUAUUGAAGGUGGAAUUUUACUUUGGGGAUUUAGAGUGGUAAUUCCAAAUAAGUUCAGAAGACAAAUAUUGGAGGAAUUACAUGGUGCUCAUAACGGAAUGGUUAAAAUGAAAGCUUUGGCGAGGCAAUAUUUAUGGUGGCCUAAUUUAGACGCAGAUAUUGAGAAAUAUGUAAAAAUUUGUAGUCCUUGUAUGGCAUUGGCAAAAAAUCCAAAUAAAGCGGUUUUAACGAAGUUUGCGGAAGGAAAACACGUUUUCGACAGAAUCCAUAUAGAUUUUCUCGGGCCAAUACAAGGAAGAAAUUUCUUGAUCAUUAUAGACGCUUAUUCCAAGUGGCCCGAAGUAUAUGAAAUGGGUAAAAUGGAUUCACGAUCCACCAUAGAUAUGCUAAGGGACUGCUUCGCACGAUUUGGUUUACCAAAUAUUAUCUUUUCGGAUAACGGGGCUCAAUUAACAAGUUCAGAUUUUGAAGAGUUCUGUAGAUUUAACGGUAUUAAACAUUCCACUUCACCACCCUUCCAUCCUGAAACGAAUGGUGCAGCGGAGAAUAGCGUGAAAUCUUUUAAAAAUGCAAUAAAAAAAUUACUUAUUGACGUUAGAGAGAAAGGUUCAUCUCUCAAAUCCAUGAUAAAUAAGUAUUUGUUUUCUGAUCGUAAUACUCCUCAUUGCACAACUGGGGAGACUCCAUCAAAACUGAUGUUCGGUAGACAGGUCAAGACAAGACUUGAUUUUUUAACAAAGUCAGAAGCAAAUUUGAAUAGGGAGAGACAAAUAAAGUUUCAUCAUGGAAAUAGGGAAGUUGAAUUUGAAGAAGGGGAAGAAAUUUAUACCAAAGAUUAUAGAGACAUAACUAGAACAAAAUGGGUUAGGGCAAUCAUUUGCAAUAAAUUGGGUAGAAGAAUAUAUAUGUUACACUCAAACACCGAAAACGCUCACUGA